AUGUCAGCGCUCUCCAACAGCAGGAUGUCUGCAGCUGGCCCGGUCCGCAGUACCCGCCUGAAGAAAUUAAGGGAUCAGUUGAUGUCUGAACUGCAUGAACACCACUGGGGAAUAGUAAAGAUGAAAUCCCUCGCCAGAAGUUUAUUCUGGUGGCCAGCAGUAGAUGAGUGCAUUGAACAGGAAGUCAGUGAGUGUACCAUUUGUCAAAAGCAGCGUAGUAUGCCUUGUACUGCACCAGUGCAUAAAUGGAAAUGGGCUGCCAGCCCCUGGGAGAGAAUCCAUCUGGACUUUGCAGAGGACCACAAGCAGAUGUUUCUGCUAGUCAUGGAUGCCUAUGCUAGAUGGCCAGAGAUUAUUCCUAUGCAUAAUACUACUUAAGUUAAAACCACUGAAACACUGAGACAUUUAUUUGCUGCUUAUGGUUUACCAAAAGAAGUUGUAACAGAUAACGGUCCUCAGUUUGUUUCACAAGAGUUUGAGUCAUUUCUAAAAAAACAUGGAGUGCAGCACAUUAAGUCACCUGAAUACCACCCUGCCAGCAAUGGGUUAUUAGAGCGUUUAGUCCAAAAUCUUAAAACGUCACUAGCAAAGAAUCAAGCCGUAGGUGGUAUGACACUUGAGCACUGUGUUGCAAAUUUUCUUUUAGGGUACCGAAACACACCCCAUACAACUACAGGGAAAACUCCCGCUGAGUUAUUUCUAAAAAGACAGGUUCGAACAAGACUGUCACUGAUCAGACCCAGUUCUCUCUGAGAAUGCAAAACAACACAGAACCAUCUCGUCCAUGUUAGAGUUUUCACAGUUGGUCAACCUGUAUUGGUAAAGAAUUACAGGGGAGGAGAGAAGUGGUUGAAUGGAGUUGUACAAGAAAUCUUGGGUCCUGUAACUUACAGUGUGGAAGUGAAUGGGAAGUGUGUUAAAAGACAUGUAAAUCAGAUUCUGGGUGUAAAUGGAAAUCCAGCUCAUUUGACACAAACAGACUCUGGUACUGGAAACUUUUGGAAUGAUGAUGAUCUCGAUACAACCAAAGGUGUGGAUCAACAGAUGGAAGAAAAAACUGUUGGGAAUCAACCAAUAGAUGUGCCAUCAACUACAGUCGAAAGGAACACUCGUCCAGUGAGGAACCGGCGACCUCCUGAUAGACUGAACUUGAAACUGCAACUCUAAAUGAGGGUUUAAAAAAGAGAAAGUGUUUCUUGAUUUCUGUUAUAUUGAUAAAGAAAAAAAAGGUGAAAGAUGUUUCACUGAUUGAGAAAUAUUGAUUUUACAGAGGAGGAGCUGUGGUGUUCCAGACACAGAAAAGAAUGAACCUCUAGAUUUAAGAUUGUUACACACUUUUGAUAUGAUUAUGCUCCUAUGAGUUGGAGGCUGUUUGGUUGUAAAUGUGCAGAUAAAAGCAAUAUAACAAAUCGCCAUUGGUGGUGCUGUUGCUGUGCACAAGAGAUGUGAGCUGGACCUGUAAA